CGCGGCAAUUGGAGCAGUUACCGGUGUGUGCGUGUAUACGUGCGGGAUCAUUGCACAUUGCGUCAACGUUUCAAGAUCACAAUUACAAUUACCCCGCCGCAGUGGCAGUAGCACCAAAAACCCCACCUGAAUUGCGAGAACAGUGGCAAAAGCAACCGAAAGUUGUAAAUAACACAAUUUGUCGAAGAAAACUAUCAACAAUAAUAAGACCCCCGCACAACAGCUGCUCUACGUCGCUGCGCCACUUCACUCCGCGGCUCAACAAUUCUUCUCUACGAUUCUUCGAGCUUCCCCUCCCCUCGCCUCGCAUCGCCCCGCCUCCCCGCCCCAUCGAUACACCCCUCCCCACUGCUCUUCUCGAUUCUUCGCCCCUCCGCCGGCCCCGCUGGAAAAAACGGGCAGAGCUGCAGAGCCGCAGAAAGCGAUUUCAGUUCGGCGACGGCAGCGCACAGGUGCCAUUCGGAAAGUGCGGACGUAGAAUGUUUGCCGGGGAUUCCAGUGGCAUAUUCACCUAUAAUUUUGCUGGAAUUUUGUCUCGACACCAGCGUUAGUAGCGCGUUUCGACGGCACACAGUUUGCAACACCGUUUUCCAACACAAUACCCCCUCUUUCCUUAUCAGUAUCGCCUAAUCAUUACAACCACUCAUUCAUUGCCGAAGUUUUCACUACUUUCUCUUUCUGUCAUCCCUUUGGUAGCCAGCCUUUUCUAACUGUUCCUAUCCACCCUUGGCACUCUUUACAUUCUCUUUCCUAACGGAAAUCUUCACUGCUUUUAUCUAUCUUUUAUCGUCUUAUCGCCAGCCUUUCACUUUUAUCUCGUCCCUAAAGUUUCUCCAUUUUACCAUCUCCAAAUGGAACUCUUUACCUAAGCACUUUUUAGUAAUUCAGCUACGUAGAAUAUUCUUUCCGUUUAAUGCCUAAUUAUAGCAUUAUUUUCAAAUCUUUGCUCAUAACAUCUUCCUUAUCACCUAUAUAUCAUCCAUAUCAUCCUUGGUGUUCACCCAACGCAUCCCGCUCCUAUUUCAUUAGUCCUAACUAACUAAUAACACUCCCAUAUACCUGUACCCGUACCCACCUGUACCCCACCUGUACCCCACCUCUCCCCGCGAUCCAGCCAGGCCAUCCAUGUGAGAUGAGUGCGUGCGACGGCGCUACGGGAACGGUUUCGCGAACGUCUGACGCCCCCGCUUUCCAAUUCGAUGUCAUGCCAAAGAUAACGAUGUCGCCGUCGCAGUUGACGUCGCCGUCGCCGUCGCCGUUGUCGAAAGCGUCGGCAGCGAGGGCGAAAAUGACGAAAACGAAAACGACAGCAACAACGACAACGAGGAGAACGGUUAAAAUUGAAAAUAAAUGGACGGCGGCAGAGGCAACGGCGUUCAGUUAUCAGCGAACAGCGGAGCAGAUUGGAGCUAGUGUCAGAGCCAUAGCCAGAACCAAAGCAGCAGCUACAGCCAGCGGUAGAGCAACCCAGCGAAGUGGUGGCGGCAAUCCAUGUGAAGAGGCAUCCGUCUCCGAGUUGGCCCUUCGCAAGGCGCAAUUGAAAGCGCAGUUUUUCGGCGAUCAAGUGGGUGGAUCAGACCGCAGAGGCAACAAGAUCACCUGCAACAGCAGCAGCACCACCACCACCAACACUACUUACCGCACUGCUUACCCCAGGUGCAAGACGGAACGAGGCAAGCCGGUGCAACAGCUGAUCGAUCAGUUCCAGGCCAUGAUAGUCCAGCAGCAACAGCAGCUGAGCAACGAGGAUCAGCCCAAGACGCUGCCCGGAGCCACUGCAUCCAAUUCGGAUGAGGGCUGCAAUGUCACCGGUAGCGGACUGAGUCCCUAUAGCAGCGACAAUGAGGAUAACAGCCUAUCGCCAAGGCAGCGCAAAAUGAAGGUCACACGCUGUGCCAGCAGUGAUUCCGCCCUGGGCCUGGAUGUGGACGAUGGCGGCAUGGAUGCACCAUUGCCGCCCCAACGCCGGAUGACACUCACCGUAACGGAUUUACCCCUGCGACCGGCUCUGCUGCCACUGGCCGAACCCACAGCCCUGCCAGAUUCACCACUGACAUCGCCCACCGGCGGUGCCAAUCCGAGCGUGGGUGUGCCCACCAAGGUGCUGCUCGAGGAGCGAGUGGUGGCCGCACCGGGCUCGCGACGUGAAUCCACCCAGAGCUCGUACAGCGAACUGGGCGCCAGUGGACUGCCGCUGGGCGUGCGCUAUGUGCGCACACCAUCCGUGGUGGUCAGCGACUAUUCGGAUGACAUAACCGCCUGCGGCAUCAGCAUGGAGGAGAUGGAAUACUUUCGGCUGCAACGGGCGCGUGGCCAGCGUCGCUGUUCCCUGGAGGCGGGACAUCACAGUCAUAGCGGCGGGCACGGCGCACAUGGAUCGCACGGUGGAUCGGGAGCGGCGGGAAUGUCGCCGGGAUGUGGCAAGGACGAUGGCCAGUCGGAUGUCAGUGCGGCAAGUAGUUGCAGUAACCUCUACUAUUGUGGAUCCACCAUUUCCGCCCUGGAUGGUGGCGAGUGCAUCGUGAAUGGAGUCCGUGUGGCGCUCGCCAGGAAUAGCAGCACCCAGAGCAGCAGUCUCAGCGAUGAGGAGGAACAGGAGGAGCAGGAGGAGGAGGAGGAUCAGGAGGAUCAGGAGGUGGAUGACGAGGAUCGUGACGAGCAGGAUCGCGAUGCGGAGGAGCUGCUCCAGGACGACUACGAGCGGGGGGCUAGCGAACGUGAGAGGGAGCGGCAGAUCAGCGAACUUAUGGCCGCCACGCAGCUUGGUGAUCGUCAGCGGGAUCGAUCCAAGAAGAGCUCCGGCUGGCGGAAGAUCCGCAACAUCGUCCAGUGGACGCCCUUCUUCCAGACGUACAAGAAGCAGCGCUAUCCAUGGGUCCAACUGGCCGGACACCAGGGCAACUUCAAGGCCGGUCCCGAGCCGGGCACCGUGCUCAAGAAGCUCUGCCCCAAGGAGGAGGAGUGCUUCCAGAUCCUCAUGCACGAUCUGCUGAGGCCCUAUGUGCCCGUUUACAAGGGCCAGGUGACCAGCGAGGAUGGCGAACUCUACCUGCAGCUGCAGGAUCUGCUCAGUGACUAUGUGCAGCCGUGCGUCAUGGACUGCAAGGUGGGUGUGCGCACCUAUCUGGAGGAGGAGCUGUCCAAGGCCAAGGAGAAGCCCAAGUUGCGCAAGGACAUGUACGACAAGAUGAUCCAGAUCGACAGCCACGCCCCCACCGCCGAGGAGCACGCGGCCAAGGCGGUGACCAAGCCACGUUAUAUGGUCUGGCGGGAGACCAUCUCCAGCACGGCCACGCUGGGAUUCCGCAUCGAGGGCAUCAAGAAGAGCGAUGGCACCAGUUCCAAAGAUUUCAAAACGACGAAGUCACGCGAACAAAUCAAGUUGGCCUUUCUCGAGUUCCUCAGCGGUCACCCACAUAUAUUGCCCCGCUACAUACAGCGUUUGCGAGCCAUAAGGGCCACCCUGGCGGUAUCGGAAUUCUUCCAGACCCACGAGGUCAUCGGCAGCUCCCUGCUCUUCGUCCACGACCAGACCCACGCCAGCAUAUGGCUCAUUGACUUCGCCAAGACGGUGGAGCUGCCGCCGCAGCUGCAGAUCGAUCACUACUCCGCCUGGAAGGUGGGCAACCACGAGGACGGCUAUCUCAUCGGUAUCAACAACCUCAUUGAUAUCUUUGUGGAGCUUCAGGCAUCCAUGGAGGCGCAGGCGAACGCGAAGGCGGAGACGGAGGCGGAGGCGAUUCAGUCACCCGUUUCUGUCGGAGAUCGAGCAGAGGAGACGGAAGAAAGCAAACCCUGAUGGGAAAUCUUUACAUUUCUACACGGGGGUUUUGGGGCUGGGCCCCGAAGACAAAGACAUUUUCAAUUUCCGAAUCGAUUAAUCCCCAAUUCCUAGGCUAAGUUAUCUAAUUUUUUUUUUGUGUUUUUUUUUCUAACAGUUUGCGUACAUUUAACCCCUUAAGUUUAAAAUCAAAGACUGAAAUCACAAUAUGCAUACAGAUAUUUUUACUAUAUACGAUAUACGCCUACAUAUAUAGGAGAUAUAUAGCCCGGCCUAUAUGUGCUGCUGCAGUAGUGUAAUUUAUUUAUCCAAAAAAAAAAAAAUCACGUUUGGCGAAUCCUAGCGAGACCCGAAUAGCUGGACAUAACCCCCACAAGGCAGUUGAAACUGUCGAUCGAAAAGUAACUAAGAAAAGAACACCAACACGCAACAAGAACUUAGACUAAGUUUUUAAUAUAAUGGUUAUGCGACUACCUACUAAAUACUACUAAUUGUGCACUAUUAAAUUCAGUUAAACCAGAAAAACGAA